UUAUUUUUUGUAUAUAUUUCGAUUUGAGAAAAGUAAUUUCUAUCGGUGUUUGGAUCUUAGGAUCCAGUUGGUGGGUUUCAGGUCAAAUUCUUAACUGGAUCAAGAGGUUUGAAUCUUUUACUUGUUUCCAUCUCUUGAUAGUUGCUUAUGAUUAAUUCAGGAGAUUGCUAGAAAAUCUUAUUUGAUUCUCUUUGAUUCUUUUAUAAAAUUAACAGGUUGCUAAAAAUAUUAUAAUUGGUGUAAAUUUUUUACAUUGAUUGAGAAUUCCUUGUUGGAUUUGUCUUUUCAUUAGCCAUAGAACCUUGAUAAGCUUCAGCAUCUUUAUACAACUGAGAAAUUAUCCUAACAUAGGGAUAUUGUUUGAACAAAGAUAUGGACAUUAGUAAUGAGGCUAGUGUUGAUCGUUUUUCAAUUGGACCAUCAUCCAUUGUUGGUCGGACAAUUGCUUUCAGAGUCUUAUUCUGCAAGUCAAUUUCACAAUUGAGGCAUCAGAUCUUUCAUGUCUUGUUGAAUUAUAUAUUUAGAUUUAGGGAUUUCUUGGCACCUAUGAUAUCAUGGCUGCAUCCCCGGAAUCCACAAGGGAUAUUAGCUAUGGUAACCAUAAUUGCUUUUUUGUUGAAACGGUACACGAAUGUGAAAGUGAGGGCUGAAAUGGCGUAUCGGAGAAAAUUUUGGAGGAACAUGAUGAGAACGGCAUUGACAUAUGAGGAAUGGGCUCAUGCUGCUAAGAUGCUUGAUAAGGAGACCCCAAAGAUGAAUGAAGCAGGCCUUUAUGAUGAAGAACUGGUGCGGAAUAAGCUUCAAGAGCUCCGCCACCGUCGUCAAGAAGGUUCUCUUAGAGAUAUAAUCUUUUUCAUGAGAGCUGAUCUCAUCAGAAACCUUGGAAAUAUGUGCAAUCCUGAACUUCACAAGGGUCGGCUUCAAAUGCCCAAACUUAUAAAGGAAUAUAUAGAUGAGGUCUCAACUCAACUUAGGAUGGUCUGUGACUCAGAUUCAGAGGAGCUUUCUUUGGAGGAGAAGCUUGCUUUUAUGCAUGAAACAAGACAUGCUUUUGGGAGAACAGCAUUGCUCUUGAGUGGGGGUGCUUCACUUGGAGCGUUUCAUGUGGGUGUUGUUAAAACACUGGUAGAGCAUAAGCUUUUGCCCCGUAUUAUUGCUGGUUCUAGUGUGGGAUCAAUUAUGUGUUCUGUUGUUGCCACCAGGUCAUGGCCAGAGCUGCAAAGCUUUUUUGAGGAUUCUUGGCACUCGUUGCAGUUUUUUGAUCAGUUGGGUGGAAUUUUUUCGGUUGUGAGGAGGGUCAUGACACAAGGUGCUGUUCAUGACAUCAGGCAACUGCAAUGGAUGCUGAGGAAUCUUACAAGUAAUCUCACAUUUCAAGAAGCCUAUGACAUGACAGGUCGAAUUCUUGGAAUAACGGUCUGCUCCCCAAGGAAGCACGAGCCGCCUAGGUGCCUUAACUACUUGACUUCGCCUCAUGUCGUUAUAUGGAGUGCUGUGACUGCUUCUUGUGCCUUUCCUGGCCUGUUUGAGGCCCAGGAACUAAUGGCCAAGGAUAGAAGCGGAGAUAUUGUUCCUUAUCAUCCACCCUUUAAUUUGGAUCCUGGGGAGGGCACACCAGUGCGUAGGUGGAGGGAUGGUAGCUUAGAGAUUGAUUUACCAAUGAUCCAAUUGAAGGAGCUCUUUAAUGUCAACCAUUUUAUUGUUAGUCAGGCAAAUCCUCAUAUCGCACCAUUAUUGAGGAUGAAGGACUUGGUGAGAGCUUAUGGAGGUAGCUUUGCAGCAAAGCUUGCUCAUCUUGCCGAGAUGGAGGUAAAACAUAGAUGCAAUCAGGUAUUGGAACUUGGUUUUCCACUAGGGGGAGUUGCCAAGCUUUUUGCUCAAGAAUGGGAGGGUGAUGUUACUGUUGUUAUGCCUGCCACACUUGCUCAGUACUCGAAAAUAAUACAAAAUCCAACCCAUGUGGAGCUUCAAAAGGCAUCCAACCAAGGGAGAAGAUGCACUUGGGAGAAGCUUUCAGCAAUAAAAGCAAAUUGUGGCAUUGAGCUUGCUCUUGAUGAGUGUGUUGCAAUUCUAAACCACAUGCGUAGACUCAAAAGGAGUGCUGAGCGAGCUGCUGCAGCUUCCCAUGCCCUUCCCAGCACAAACAAAUUCAGUGCUUCAAGAAGAAUUCCUUCCUGGAACUGCAUUGCACGAGAGAACUCAACUGGCUCCCUUGAAGAAGACCUCCUUGCAGAUGCUGCUGCCUCAUUCCAUCAAGGAGUUGGUAGCUCUUCAGGAGCACCAUCUCCUGGUAGGAAUUCUCGGGCUCACCGUAAUACCCACGAAGGAAGUGAUAGUGAAUCUGAAAGUGUAGAUCUACAUUCUUGGACAAGAUCUGGUGGUCCUUUGAUGAGGACAUCUUCUGCAAAUAAGUUCAUUGACUUUGUCCAAAACUUGGAUGUUGAAACUGAACUAGCCAAAGGUUUGAUCACUCAUCCUAGUUCUCAUGCAUUUCAGAUGGGAGGCAGGGAUCCAUUUAAUCGUAGCCCAAGGACAACUUCAGAUAGAGGUUCAGAACAUGAGUUUGAUCUGAGGGAACUUGGAAAUAGACUGUCUGCUGGUAGUUCUAGCAUCAUGGUUGCCGAAGGUGAUCUUUUGCAGCCUGAGAGGAUACAUAAUGGAAUUGUGUUUAACAUUGUAAAGAAAGAAGGAUUAGGGCAAUCAAAUAGGGCUCAGGAUUUGGAAAAUUACGACAGUGAAGUUGCUGAAGUGCAGAUUGAUUGUCCAGUAAAAGAGAUAGAUGGUAGCUCAGAAUCUGAAAGUGGUGAUGACGUUGUAAAUGCAGCCAAUGGCUUAAAUGAUGCUUCUAAUGAUCCUAUGAAUCAUUCUGAGAUACCCAGUAAUAACAAUCAGAGUGUUGUAGAUCGUUAGCUUGAGGCAACAGUUCUUUUGAGUAGAUACGCAUGUCACUGUCAACCUGAGGAGGUCAUACAGGACACAGGUUGCAGGCAGAGCAACUUUAUGGUGACAUUUUACUUGUGUAGGACAUUGAUUUGCUGAGGAAGUAGCAUUGAAUUGCACUUUCAAUGGCCUAUGAGCCAACCGAUUGCAUUACACUCCUCAUUGCAAGAACGAUGUGGAGGUGGUGGAGGAUAUGGCUUGGUUGUGGAAAAUGCAAUGUCUUACUUUUGUAGACUAAUGUUGCAGGGACAUGUAGUCUUACAAAUCUUUAUGAAAAAGAUAUUAACUCUCUCAUAGUAGUAUACGCAUUCAUGGGAGGGGCGCUUGUGCUUAUGUUGGGAGGGGUCAGUGGCUAAUUACUCUGCAUUGAGUAACCAACGGUUUAUCUUUUUCUGGAUUGGUGAGUUAUUGAUAUUACUUCCUUUGUUCAUAAAAUCAAGGGGGGAUGGUUCCAUGCCAUGUACAUAUUUUAUGUUUAAUGACAAGUUAUAUGAAUUCAA